UUAUUUAUGAUGUGUUAAUUGCCGAGACAGUGAUUGGCGACUCCCCUCGACUGUGAGUGGUAACCUGUCUGAUUCCGUUUGAUGCUGGGAGCCAGCUUUCUGUGUUUCUGCAUCUCUACACUUCUCACAGACCACUGCAAGCACUUGAUGAAAACCACAGAGAAAAAUGGAACCACGCAUCAAGUAGGACCGUCGUAUCUUGAGCGGAGAUAAGCCUCAACAUGGGAGGACACUCAGCACUUUUAGCAUUAUGCUGAGAGGCAGCCUCCCUCCCGCAGGAUGCUGGAACUCGGCGCGGGUUCGGUCAGCGCGCAGGCCACCCUAUCUGACCAUCGCCAUGGAAACAUCCCCCCUCCACCUCUGGCUGCUGUCCGGGCGGGCGCAUGCCCGGGCGUCGGCGGAGUCCCGGCACCUCGCUGCUACGUCCUGCCGCCCGAGGACUCCGAGACCUGGCACAAGCACCGCAGCGGCUUCGGACUGGCGGGCUCAGGGAUGGGGAUGGGGCUGGUGAUGGGUCUGUCGUCGUCCCGCUCUGGCUCGCUGCUGGAGCCCCCCAGCCUGGCGGAGAGCCUGUUGUCGCGCAGCAGCAGCCGUGAGACGCUCUACAUCCCACGGGGUGCCACGCUGCCCACCUCCCUGGAGCUGGUGGCGGUGGCUGCCCUGGAGGGCGUGGGCGGAUCCGCGCCGCCUUGCCUGGACCCCACCAUGCCCAUCAGCCCCAACGUCAUUAAGCGGAGGCGGGGGGGCCUGAUCGAGCAGCGGGACAUCAUUAAGGCGCACCAAGCACACAAGAUUCAGAGCACCCCGCAGGCCCGGCGUAAGGAGUGGGAAAUGGCCCGCUUUGGUGAUGAUGUCCCCGGGCUUUUGGGACCGGGAGACGGGGGAUCGGAGCGCAACAGGAGCCGCGAUGGAGCAGCGGUGUCUACAGGUGGAAUCUCACCAGCCUUCAAGCAGACCAAAGCCCAGCGAGCCCGCACCAUGGCCCUGUACAAUCCCAUUCCCGUCAGGCAGAACUGCUUCACCGUAAACAGAUCGCUCUUCAUCUUUGGCGAGGACAACGUUGUUCGUAAAUACGCCAAGAAGAUCAUUGAGUGGCCUCCGUUUGAGUACAUGAUCCUGGCCACCAUCAUCGCCAACUGCAUAGUGCUGGCGCUGGAGCAACACCUCCCUGGGGAUGACAAGACGCCCAUGUCCAAGAAACUGGAGAAAACAGAGCCCUACUUCAUCGGGAUGUUUUGCUUCGAGGCUGGAAUUAAACUUGUGGCGCUGGGAUUUGUAUUCCACAAGGGCUCCUACCUGAGGAACGGCUGGAAUGUCAUGGACUUCAUCGUCGUCCUCAGCGGGAUCCUGGCUACAGCUGGUGCACACAUGAACAUCCCAGUGGAUCUGCGGACACUAAGGGCAGUACGGGUGCUGCGGCCACUCAAGCUGGUCUCUGGGAUUCCCAGCCUGCAGAUCGUGCUGAAGUCCAUCAUGAAGGCCAUGGUGCCUCUGCUGCAGAUUGGCCUGCUGCUCUUCUUCGCAAUCCUCAUGUUCGCCAUCAUCGGCCUGGAGUUCUACAGCGGCAAACUGCACAGCAACUGUGUGGCUCUCCCGGGCAUUCUGGACAAUGAGACACUGGUCAGCUCAGAGGUGGAGUUCCCCUGUGGCUUCCGGAAGUGCCCGCCCGGUUACACCUGUAGCGAUUUCACCUGGAUCGGCCCCAACGACGGGAUCACCCAGUUUGACAACAUCCUGUUUGCCCUGCUCACUGUAUUCCAGUGCAUCACCAUGGAAGGCUGGACCACCGUACUUUACAAUACCAAUGAUGCCUUAAACCCCACCUGGAAUUGGCUCUAUUUCAUCCCCCUCAUCAUCAUCGGCUCUUUCUUCGUGCUCAACCUGGUUCUGGGAGUGCUGUCGGGGGAGUUUGCGAAGGAGAGAGAGCGGGUGGAGAACCGGCGGGCCUUCAUGAAGCUGCGUCGGCAGCAGCAGAUCGAGAGGGAGCUCAACGGCUACCGUGCCUGGAUCGACCGAGCAGAGGAGGUCAUGCUUGCGGAGGAGAACAAAAACUCAGGGCCCUCUGCUCUGGAUGCUCCCGACACGCUGUCUGAAUGGGAAACAGACAGUAACCAUGUGCUGAAGAGAGCCACCAUCAAGAAGAGAGGAGAGGCUAUCCACCGGCGGCCAGGGGACGAUCAGUACACAGACAUCUCCUCUGUGGGCAUGCCCCUGAAUAGAGCCAGCAUCAGGAGCGCCAAGCGGGGCCCGACGGCGUACUUCCGUCGCAAGGAACGCAUGCUCCGCAUCUCGGUGCGGCGCAUGGUGAAGACACACACCUUCUACUGGACUGUGCUGGGCCUGGUGGCCCUCAACACGCUCUGCGUGGCCAUCGUCCACCACGACCAGCCCGAGUGGCUAUCCACUUUCCUCUACUAUGCAGAGUUCCUGUUCUUGGGCCUGUUCCUCACGGAGAUGUUUCUAAAGAUGUACGGCAUGGGACCGCGCCUGUACUUCCACUCCUCCUUCAACCGCUUUGAUUUUGGAGUGAUUGUGGGGAGCAUCCUUGAGGUGCUGUGGGGCUUCAUCAGACCCGGCAUGUCGUUCGGCAUCAGCGUCCUGAGAGCCCUGCGCCUGCUGAGGAUCUUCAAGAUAACCAAGUACUGGGCAUCUCUGCGGAACCUGGUGGUGUCUCUGAUGAACUCUAUGAAGUCCAUCAUCAGCCUGCUCUUCCUCCUCUUCCUCUUCAUCGUGGUCUUUGCCCUGCUGGGGAUGCAGCUCUUCGGCGGCAGGUUCAUCUUUGAAGACUACACGCCCACAAACUUCGAUACUUUCCCAGCCGCCAUCAUGACCGUCUUUCAGAUCCUCACAGGUGAGGACUGGAAUGAGGUGAUGUAUGACGGGAUUCGCUCUCAGGGCGGGGUGAAGUCAGGCAUGUGGUCCUCCAUCUACUUCAUCGUUCUCACUCUGUUUGGCAACUACACACUCCUCAAUGUAUUCUUGGCCAUUGCUGUGGACAAUCUGGCCAAUGCUCAGGAACUCACCAAGGAUGAAGAGGAGGAGGAAGCGGCGUUCAACCAGAAGCACGCCCUGCAGAAGGCCAAGGAAGUAGGGCCCAUGUCCUCCAUCAUGUCCUCAGACAGGCGGAGGAGGCCCUACUUGUACAGGAGGCGUGCCAUACACAGGAGCCACCCCGCCUACUCCCUGGAGGAGGCGGAGAGAUUCGCCGAGAGCGUCAGAGCGCCAUCAUUCAACUCCUCUACCUCUUUCAUGUCCAGGCGGGAGCGGCGGCGGCGCUUGACCAUGUCCGUGUGGGAGCAGCGCACCAGCCAGCUGCGCCGUCACCGGCAGAUGUCCAGCCGUGAGGUCCUGUGCAGCGGCAAGCCCGGCGAGGAAAACAACCACGAGCUCAACUGCAAGCCCACGCUCUCCCCCACCGAUGGCUCGUGCCGGUUGCCCAAUCCCGUCAUCGCCCCCACGCCAGACGCCACUGCCGCUGUGCCUGGGGACGCCACCACCACUGCCAUCCUGCCCAUGGAUCUGACCCUGAGUGGGAAUCCCUUGACUCUGCCUGAGCCGCCGCUGAGCCUGCCGGAACCGCCACUGGUCAUGGAUCUGCCGUUACCGGAACCCCCACUGGUGGCGGAUGUGCCCAGCCCAGAGGCCACGUCGGCGACUGAGGCGAAGCAGGGAGUCACCAACCACUGGCACCAGCCCUUGGGCGCCCGCAGGCUGAAUGGCGAGCGGAGGCAGAGGGCGGUGAGGAAGUUCCGCCCCCCCACCGGGGACACGCUCACUCCAGACAUGGGGGUGAGGCCCAGGAGGCCGCGGCACCGGGAGGCCCGGAACGAGGAGCCAGGUGGGAGAGACUCGCAGGAGGAGUGCAGCCGCUCCGUCAGCAGGGAGAGAGGGGCGUCGGACACAGCGGAGGAGGAGAACCACGAGGGAGGAGGUGCUGGCCAGAGGGAAACAUCCGGAAAUGAACAGAGCAGGCACAAUGACCCAGAAUUCUCUGCCUUUCCCGACCUCUUGUCCACUACGCCCGAAUCGUGUUCACCCAACACCAGAAGGAUGGAGGAGUCCUCCCAAGAUGACCCCCCGACCCUACAGCUCUCCGAUGACCCUGCCCCCGACCCCUCGGAUGGCUCUAAGGGUGGCGGUGAGGGAGGGGUCAACCUUGAUCCCUCCAGUCUCGGCUCGGAGAAGUCCCCUCUCAGCGGCAGCGUAGUCAUCGAGGUGACAGACCUGCAGACGUCCUCACUGGAGCUGACCUCCAUGAGUGGUAACACCAAAGACGUGGAGGCUGCGGUGAGGUCUGAGAAGGAGGAGGAGGAGGAGGCUAGCAAUCCACCCAGAGCCGAACCAUCUAACAGCAUGUUUCUCUUCAAACCCACCAAUCCUGUCCGCAGGGCCUGUCACUACAUUGUCAACCUGCGUUACUUUGAGAUGUCCAUCCUGCUGGUGAUCGCGGCCAGCAGCAUCGCCCUGGCCGCCGAGGACCCGGUGGCCACCAACUCGGACUGGAACAAAGUUUUGCGAUACUUUGAUUAUGUGUUCACGGGAGUGUUCACCUUUGAAAUGAUCAUCAAGAUGAUUGAUCAAGGUUUGAUUCUCCACGAUGGCUCCUACUUUCGAGAUCUAUGGAAUAUUCUGGACUUCAUAGUAGUGAUCGGAGCCUUGGUGGCCUUCGCUCUCACGAAUGUGAUGGGAAAUAAUAAGGGAAGGGAUAUUAAGACCAUAAAAUCUCUGCGAGUCCUUCGAGUCCUGAGACCUUUGAAAACCAUCAAGAGACUCCCUAAACUAAAGGCAGUAUUUGACUGUGUGGUCAACUCUCUAAAGAACGUCUUCAACAUCCUCAUCGUCUACAAGCUCUUCAUGUUCAUCUUCGCCGUCAUCGCUGUGCAGCUUUUCAAAGGGAAGUUUUUCUACUGCACGGACAGCUCCAAAGACACAGAGAAAGACUGCCAGGGAUAUUACAUCGACUACGAGAAAUACAAGAAGGAAGUGAAAAAGAGGGAGUGGAGGAGGCACGACUUUCACUAUGACAACGUGGUCUGGGCUCUGCUUACCCUCUUUACGGUCUCCACGGGAGAGGGCUGGCCGCAGGUUCUGCAACAUUCUGUGGACGUGACCGAGGAGGACCGCGGACCCAGCCGGGGGAACCGUAUGGAGAUGUCCAUCUUCUACGUGGUCUACUUUGUGGUGUUCCCCUUCUUCUUUGUGAACAUCUUCGUGGCUUUGAUCAUCAUCACCUUCCAGGAGCAGGGUGACAAGAUGAUGGAGGAGUGCAGCCUGGAGAAGAACGAGAGGGCCUGUAUUGACUUUGCCAUCGGUGCCAAACCGCUUACCCGCUACAUGCCCCAGAACCGUCAGACCUUCCAGUACCGACUGUGGCACUUUGUUGUGUCCCCUUCGUUCGAGUACACAGUGUUGGCCAUGAUCGCUCUCAACACCAUAGUCCUCAUGAUGAAGUACUAUUCAGCUCCACCGGCAUAUGAUACAGUUUUAAAGCACCUGAACACAGCGUUCACCGUGCUCUUCUCUGUGGAGUGUGUGCUCAAGAUCAUGGCUUUCGGCUUCCUGAACUACUUUCGGGACACGUGGAACAUAUUUGACUUCAUUACUGUCCUUGGCAGCAUCACUGAAAUUGUAGUGGUGGACCUGCAGUCCGGAGCUGUCAACAUGAGCUUCCUGAAGCUCUUCAGAGCAGCUCGGCUGAUUAAGUUGCUCAGGCAGGGCUACACCAUACGCAUCCUCCUCUGGACGUUUGUUCAAUCUUUCAAGGCUCUACCUUAUGUGUGUCUGCUCAUUGCCAUGCUGUUCUUCAUAUUCGCCAUCAUUGGAAUGCAGGUUUUUGGAAAUAUAAAGCUGGAUGAGAAGACUCACAUCAACCAGCAUAACAACUUCAAGACGUUCUUCGGCGCUCUGAUGCUCCUCUUCAGGAGUGCCACGGGCGAGUCGUGGCAGGAGAUCAUGCUGUCGUGCCUGGGGGGUCAGGACUGUGAGCAGGACCUGUCCAUCUCCACUCCGGCUCUGGCCACCGAGCACAAGGGAGGCUGCGGCACAGACUUCGCCUACUUCUACUUCGUCGCCUUUAUCUUCUUCAGCUCAUUCCUGAUGCUGAAUCUGUUUGUGGCGGUCAUCAUGGAUAACUUUGAGUACCUCACACGAGACUCCUCCAUCCUGGGCCCCCAUCACCUGGAUGAGUUUGUGCGCAUCUGGGGCGAGUACGACCGCGCUGCAUGUGGAAGGCUCCACUAUAAGGAGAUGUACAAAGUAGUGCGUGCAAUUUCACCCCCUUUGGGCUUUGGAAAGAAUUGCCCCUACAGGGUGGCGUGCAAGAGGCUGGUGCUGAUGAACAUGCCUGUGGACGAGGAGAUGGCCGUUCACUUCACCUCCACGCUCAUGGCCCUAAUCCGCACCGCCCUCGAGGUCAAGAUCGCCCGAGGGGGAGAGGACAGGAUCCAGAUGGACAUGGACCUGCAGAAGGAAAUCAGUGUUAUUUGGCCAAAUCUCUCCCAGAAGGCCUUGGACCUGCUGGUGCCUAUUCACAAAGCCGGGGACAUGACUAUUGGUAAGAUCUAUGCAGCCAUGAUGAUAAUGGACUACUACAAACAGAGUAAAGCCAAGAAGUUAAGACAGCAGCUGGAAGACCAGAAACAUGCGCCCAUGUUCCAGCGCAUGGACGCCUCCUCUCUGCCUCAGGACAUUCUCAGCAAUGCCAAAGCCCUGCCCUUCCUUGCUCACAGCACUGGCUCUGCCCUGGGCGGAUUUGCGGCCUUGAGCCCCAUGUCUCCCCAGGAGUUGUUCAUGCCGCCUGUUCCAUGCCAUGAUGAGGAGGAGGAGGAGGAAGAACCAUAUCACCACCACUAUCAUGGCCAUCACCUGCACACUAUGGUGUCUACUGAGAGCACUCUCAUGAAGCGCUCCUUCUCCACCAUCGGUGACCAGUGUGUGAACGACCUGUGGCAGGAGGAGUACUCUCUGGAGAGGAUCAGCCCUGACCAGCUGCACAGGCCACGCCAACGCAGCUUCAGAGGUGUCAGGUCUAACCUCAAAGAGCAAUUGGACAAGGAGAGGGGACGUUCCAAGGAGCGGCGCCACCUCCUCUCCCCCGACGUGUCCCGAUGUAACUCCGAGGAGCGCAGCCAGCACCCAUCACAGGAGCGCAAGCAGUCCCGCUCGCCCAGUGAAGGACGGGCACGCUCUCCGCUAAAACAGGGGAUCAAUUCAGCAAGCUCCAACCUGUCCACCUCGGAGAACAGCACCCCCCGCAGUCGCCGGCAGCUGCCUCAGACCCCCUCCCGGCCCCGGCCGCACAUCUCUUACUCCCCCCUGGUGUGCCGAGCGCCGUUGCCCCCUCCGGCCUCCACAGAGGCGCUACCCAGGACUCAGACAGAAGCUGAGGCAGAGGAGCCGAGGCUGGGUGUGGGGCUCGGCCCGACCUUGGGCCCGACCUUGGGCCCCUCUCCGGCCCCUGGUCUCGCGGCGCUGAGUGCGGGGGCCCUGCACUCGUCUCCCCAGCGCUACAUCUCAGAGCCAUACCUGGCGCUCCACGAGGAGCUCCACAGCCUGGAGGCAGCAGGCCCGGAGGAGACUCUCACCUUCGAAACGGCCAUUGCCACCAGCCUGGGCCGUGCCAAUGCCAUCAGCUCUGCCCCACAGCUGCGCCACUCUUGGCAGGUGCCCAACGGCCACUUCCGCAAGCGCCUCGGCCAGGCCUCCUCCAGCGCUGCCUGUGACCUGCUGAGUGACACCGAUGAGGACGACCGCUGCUAGGACUGUUGGGAAGGACGGAGUGUAUGUAUGUAUGCCCAGGAGGAUGGAGGGACAGGCUCACCCUAAAAAGAGAAGAGAGGAAGAAAAAGAGAAAGAACGAAACACAGAAUUGGAUAGAGAAGAGGAGAUGCAAGAGGUAGAAGCUCGGGUCAUAGGUAGCUAGACGUCAACAGUGUGUUUCAACAUGUUCUGUGUGUGUGUGUGGGACUGAGCUUCACUUGCCAAAAUUGCAAACAAAAUCAAAGACGGCCACAGGCUUCAGUCUUGCUGAUCAGAGAUCAGUAUGAUGAAACGAAGCUAAAUGUUCCAAAAAAUUCCAUCCUUCUCAAUGUAGUUUCUUUGCUAUACGGCUGUGUUCUUUGGGCUCUCUUCAGCAGCAUUUGGUCUCCAUCAAGCUAAAGCAUAUGGAGCUGACAGGUAUGAGGAAUGUAAUCCAGACAUUGUUCCCUGUGCCAGUGCCAGGGUAGGACAUCAUAUUUCCUCUUUAAGCUCCAUGAGAGAGAAUGUGGUAUGUAAACCCAUUGAUCUCCUUGGCUGCUCUUUGGCCCCUGACACAUCAAACAUGGCAGCCCGAAUGCUUUGUUCGAGCCGCUUCACUUGUAUCGAGAUCCCGCGUCACUUUUGCAGUGAUCCUUCUCAGGCUUUUUAACUUUUUCAGGUGAGGGUGAGGGAGAACUCCUAGCCAACCCACUAUUACAAAGUCACUAGGCGAAUCACAUCCAUAAACAUGAGCUGAGGCCCAGGAGUCAUUAGGUUGAUAUGAGUGCUUAGAGCUCGGUAGCAUUUAUGAUUCUUGUUUCUGUUUGUAGCUAAUCUGUUGAAAUAAAUUAAUUUUUUUCUGGUGGUACACCAGUAGGACCUGGUCUUUCGUAGCAGCAGUGGGUCACUUUGUAAAACGUUUGUCGGUAAGGGAACUUUGAGUAUACUGUAAGUAGACAUGACAUAGAAGGGUAUCGUAGAAAACAUGGUGGCUAAAUCCCAUACUUUUCCAUUGUUUUAAAGCUUUUCAGAAGCAUCAGCUCUUUUCAAAAUAGCAUCUGGAACAAAGCUGACUCGCCUUCAAAGCUUUGACAAGCUUCUGCAAGCAUAGAAGAAUGGAAUAAUGAGUGGUUUUUAAGUGAUGGAUGUUGUUUAGGUCAGUGGUUCUCAACUGGUCUGGCCUCGGGACCCACAAUUCCCCAUGGUCAUUAAGGUGGUAGCCAAAUUUUGUAGAAUUAAAAUAAAGAUACAAAUAUAAACAUAAACAUAAUUAAAUUUUUUAUUGUAUCCCUGCAUUCACAGCACAUUAGUCUAAGUCUGACAGGAUUUGUUUUUACCACACCGUGGAGAAUAUUUCACUUCACCUUUUCCCUAGCUUAAUGAUUCAAACUUCACGAUAUAUUCGUCAUCAAAUGAGCUCAAUAUACAAACAUACAUGUUGAUUUCUUUCCCGCACACAAAACUGCAUUUAACAUAGCUAAUCUCAGUCACAUUCUAACUGCAAAUUUCAAGAAAAUGCAUUACCCAGCAUGACUACAGUAAUUAGCUAAACAUUUUACUUUCAACUAGUCCACCAGUGGCAUCCCUGUAGACAGCUAGUAAAUCAAAGCUCUCUCAUUACAGCACUACUCCAGCUGACACUUCGGACUCUCACAGUAGGCUAUGCAUCUGCCCACACACACACACACACACACACACACACACACACACACACACACACACACACACACACACACACACACACAAACACUUUGGACUCAUAGAGUAGGCUAUGCAUCUGCAGCUCACACAGAACUUUCUCUGUCAUUUUCUGAGAGCUCCAUUUUCCCUUUGUGAUUGAGGCAUGAGAACCACGAAGACUCAGAUUUGUCCAUUUCAAGUAAAAGCUACUGUUCAUAUAUUUUAUCAUUUAAGUUCUGAAGGAACACACACACACACACACACACACACACACACACACACACACACACACACACACACACACACACCGUAACCUGUUUUCUGAUUCUGACCAGUUGAGAAACACUGGUUUGGUGAUUUAGGUCAAUAUUCCUCCCUGUUGUCAUGACUGUUGCAGUCAGGUUGUAAUUUCUCUCAGUUUGUGACACAGAGCAAAGGAUGCUUUUGGAUGGCAGAGACUUCUGGGCAACUUCAAAAACCUGUGAGAUGAAAGAAAAGAUGAUAACCUGAAACAACCCUUUAAACACAAACCGAAAGCAGUCCGCAGGUUGAAGUUUUGGGUCCAGUGUACUGUGUAGCCUUGUGUGGAGAGGUUUUGAAAGCAUCCUGACCCAUGACAGUAGUAAAUAUAGUUUCACUAGAUUGAGCAUGUCCCUCAUAAUGCUAAAGCCUCACUGAAGAGCAAGCAAGGCUCUUGUAACAUAUGUAAACAUCUCAAUAUGCCGGAUUCUCAAAAAUGAAAUGUCUCAAAAGCCAUGUUUAGUUUUUAGCCAAGUGUAAAUAGAAAAGCCAUGUCACAGAAUGUUUCUUUUUCCUUUUUUUAUGGCUGACCCAAUAGUCUGUCCUUUCACACAAUAACACAAUCAUGCCUAUUUUCUCUGAAUUUCUGACAUUUCAUCAUAGUAAUCACUCAUCUGCAUGUAGGUAUUUCAUAAAUACUCUCAUAACACUAUUACUCAGCAACACUGGUUUACUCAGAGCACUACUGAAAAAAAUCUAUAAACGUGGGGUUGGACUCAUCUUGUGCCCUGUGUCCAAACAAUGUAGCCAUUCAUGAGAAUGUGAAUGUAUGCCGUUGACCCUGAUACAGUGUUUAUGUGGCUGUGGACAAAGAAGGAGGCCUGUGAGACUGCUGGAUUUAGUAUGGCCAGUGAUAUGCCAGGUCUAAUUUGUGAAACAACUGAACCAUGCAUUGCAGUGUGGGUAAUGUAGUUUUUCACCACAUGUAGCAGAGAUGGCAGUGUAUCAUAGGCUACACAUGACUAUGACUGUGAGUCAGUCGUCUUGUUUGAUUGCAUUUAACAUGCUGUAAUGGAAGAUGUGGCAGUGUUUGGGUUCUAUACUAUCAUUGAAGAUGAUUACCAUAACUUUUUUUGUACAAAUCAAAACUCAAACUCUUUUUGGUUUUCAACCUGAACUUCAGCAUUUGAAGUAUCUAGAUCCAGGUUUUUCAGAAACAAUGAAAAACUAUUAUUUUCCCAUUCAAAAACAACAACAAAAAAAAAAAAACGAGAAAAUAAUUUGUAUUCCAUGUAUUGUGUUGUAAUUUGUUCCUUUGACAUGUUUUCUGAAAUGUGAAUAGGCCGUAUGUGGUACAUGUCUCUGGCCUGUGUGGGUCGCUGUUCUGUGAACCAUAUGAAAUUUAAAAGGUUGAUGUUGCACCUGAAUCUCUGGUAAAUAAUAAAAUAAAAAAAACGUACUGGUUUUUACACAUGUAGUAUAUAUAAAUACAAUGGGGGAAAUGUCUUAUUUAUUGAACUGUUUAUAUUUCCAUAUAGAUACCUAUCUUACAUUUAUUUCACUUUGUUAUGUGAAUGGAAACUUGUUCGCUUAUCUGUCAAAAAGAACCACUGCAAAAUUAUAACAGAAAAAACUCUUUAAUAAAAAUGUGACUAACCAGCUUUGCUGACA